AUGGAGGGAUUCUUGUUCCCACCUUACAAAACCCGCUACCCGCCGCCGUCUGGCGGCAGCUGGGAGAAACGCGAGGGCCGCUUCGUGGUCCCGCACGGCUUCAACUACCUGGAGCUGUGCAAGGCCAUCCUGUCCCAGGUCAGCCCCGCGCUGCCGCCCCCCCACCGGGCCAGCACCAGGGACUGCGGCGUGCAGGUCAACGCCAAGGUGGAUAAGAUCGUGCAGUGCUCCCUGGGGCCCAAAACGCUCUUCUUCGACGACCACCUCGCCCCCUCCAAGACGCCCCCCCGGAGCCCGGACGGGAGGGAGCGCUGCGCCACGCCGCCGCUGAGCGGCCUCCGCUUCCGGAGGCCCGUGUCCAUCUACUCCCCGGUGUUCGAUCGCAGGCUGUGCCUGAAGCUUGGGGACGACAGCGGGAGUGAGGAGGAGGAGGAGGAGGAGGAGGAGGAGGCGGCGGAGGAGCAGGAGGCCGAGGAGGGAGCGGAGGCGGAGGCGGAGGGGGAGCAGGGCGGAGAGGAGGCGGUGGAGGAGCCGAAGACCUCCGCCCAACGUCCCCCAAAGAGCGCCAACUUCCAGUUCCUGGAGCAGAGGUACGGCUUUUUCCACUGUAAGAAGUGCAACAUCCGAUGGGAGAGUGCCUAUGUCUGGUGCAUCUCUGGAACCAACAAGGUGUACUACAAGCAGCUCUGCAGGAAGUGUCAGGAAGGCUUCAACCCCUACAAGGUGGAGUCCAUUCUCUGCAAGGGCUGCUCUCAGACCUCUUGCGACUGCGACAAGAAGCAGAGGCACAUCAACAUGAACCGGCCUCACCGCCAGGACCUGUGCUGCCGCUGCAGAGGGAUGAGGCUGUCCUGCGACGCCACCUACAGCUUCAAAUACAUCGUCUGAGCGGGCUUAUUUUUGUUUUUUGCGAAACACCACAUUGGUGUACACCUCAAAUGUACAAUGCACAUUAAAGAGUCGCUUAUUCUCUGACA